AUGAUGGUGACCUUCGAUACAGAACAAAUAGAAGAGGUGAAGGAAGAAGAGAGAGCCGAUGUAAAUAUAGGCAAGGAGCUGCUAUCAAUUACUGAUCAGAGGAUGGGUGCAAUAAUGAAGAGUUGUUCGAAAGACAGUGCAGAUGAAAGCAGCGAUGUUAAGUGUGAUAGCGAAUAUUUUACAAUCAGGAGCGAUGUAGAAAGGAAGAGAGGAAGACCGAAGAUGUGUCGGAAUGUGGAAAUGGAGAAGAUCGUGUUGGAUGAGAUGAUGAUUGGUAAAAGAAAGGUGCUGAGUCAGGAUGUUUGUGCUGAUUCAAAGACCGGUGUUUCGGAUCCGGCCAAUAAGAAAACUAUGACCGGCGAAUAA